AUCUAUUUUCACCUGCAUGUGAAUUCUUUGUAGCGUCAGGUUAAUGAUGUUCAAUCUGAAGCCUGAUUAUUGGAAGGUCUUUGCUUCAGAUGCGCGACGUUGGAUACUGCCUGCUGUGCUUGGUGUGUGUGGCAGCGUGUAUCUACUGCGUAGUUCGCGUCACGCAAUAUGAAGAUGGAGCGAAGCACUCCUCUAAAGGGCCUCCCCAACUGAAGAAUGCCGUGGUUGUUGAUUUGACAAACAAUUACACCAAUGACACUAUAUACUGGAAAGACGGCGAAUCCUUUCAUCUAGAUAUAGAAGUUUUUCCAGGCCCUGGGAACCAAUGGGGACAGAUCGACACCAUCUCGGAAGCAACACACGGUGGUACACAUAUAGACGCCCCGUUGCACUGCGCCAAGGGUGGGUGGUCUGUGGCCGACAUCCCCAUCGAGCGUCUCAUGUACGUGCCCAUUGUGAAGAUAGACAUCCGGCCACAGGCAGAAGCUGAUCCCAACUACAGUGUCACUGUGUCCGACAUACGGGACUGGGAAAAUCGCCACGGAAGAGUUCCUGAUGGCUGCCUCUUUUUUGUCGAUACGGGACAGUGCCGAUUCUGGCCCAAUCGGACAGCAUACAUGGGACUGGACGAGAACGGAGACCGACACUAUCCCUCCAUCACACCCGAAGCAGCCACGUUUCUGACAAGCGAGCGGCGGCCAUACGGUAUGGGCGUGGACGGGCCUUCGCUGGAUCACUACCCGGAGCUCAACGUGCACAGAAUCCUUGCCGCUGCUAGCUUGUACACCACCGAGAACUUGGCCUGUCUGUCACGUGUGCCGGCCACGGGGGCAAUUGGCGUUGUCCUUCCCAUGAAAAUAUUGGGUGCUAGUGGAGCUCCCGUACGCGUGGUGGCAACGCUACCCUAAUACCCUAACACGAACUUUGCUGGUUCCUCCACAUCUCUCUGCAACGUGAAUCUGCAACAAAAAGAGAAAGAAAACAACAGAAGGACUUAGGUCCGAGUUUACAAACAUUUUUGACCACAAGGGAUGUUUGUCAUAAGCCGGACCUUCGCUACAUAUGCAUCACAAUUGGCUGGCAUUUGCUCUUACGAACAUUUCUAGCAAUUGCGAACUUCUUUUAGUGAUAGCCAGCCCUGGCAUUCUUUGAAUUGCAGUACAGAUUUUUUCAUCCCACCUAAUGUUAUUCAAGGAUUGAUUGAGAGAGGAAUAAAUUGGGAAGUGUGCUUUCGAUGUUGCAACGAUUGCAUUGAGAAUGGAAUUAAGGAUUUGGAUGUAUUAGUCUGUGUAAUUGUGACGCUUACUUCAAUUAUUUUUUCCUUGGGGCUCUUGCGCAUUCCUGGGCUUGUAAAUUCGUGCAAUGAAAUGUACUUUGCUUCGUUAAGUACA